AUGGGACGUCUCAUUACAACUGCCGUCGGUCGCCUCGCCGCCGUUGUCGCCAGGCUUUUCAUUCCGCCAUCCAUCCGCCUUUCUUCUUCUUCGUUCAUUUUUUCGUUCUUGUUUCUUCGGACCACACAUCGAUCAUUUCCUGCCCACUUCAUUGUCAACGUCUCUCUCUCUGUCGUCGAUGUCGUCGUCGUCGUUCUUCUUCUUUUUGCUUCUUCAUUUUCGAUGUUUUUGAGCUUGCGAAUAUCGAUUCAAGUUGAAUAUCAGUUUUUCGAUAGAUUUUUAUCAUCGCGUUCACUCGUGUGGGCUGUUCUUUCAACGAUAAAAUUCCGUCAGAUUUUAGUUUUUUUAAUCGAGUUAUCUAAUGGCCAUAAGUGCCUUUUCUUACUUUCGUGCUAACAGAUCAAUUUUUCGAAUUUAAAAUCGUUUUAUUCGUUCUUUUUUUUUUGUCAAUGGAAGAAGUAAGGCCUUAUUUCUACUAGAAGUUUAUUUUUUCUUGACUGGUUUUGCUUUUUUUUUUCUUUUUUCAAUCUACUUUUGAAUUAUUUUGCGACUUAUUUGAGAGUUUUUACUAUUUUUCUUUUUGAUUAAAAUUUGAUCAAUAAUUGUUUUUUAAAUUAUUUUCAAUAGAUUUUUCAGAAGCAGGUUUCAUAAUCAGUUUUUCACAAUCCUAAAUUUUUCUAGAUAGAAUCAAAUAAUAGUUAUCAAAAUCUGCCUCAAACUUUGUCCAUUGUUCUCAUUUUUUUCCUUGAAAUCUAUUCCAGUUUUUUUCGGGGCAACGGCCAAUUCCCUCACUCACUCUGCCGUUUAAUUUUAUGACCCUUUUAUUAUUUUGAAUAAGAAUUGAUGGGAACCGUUUUAAGUUUGAUUUGGAAUAGGGAAACUGAUAGUUUCUGAGCUCAAUUUGUUGAGAACAGAAGUAUUUUUAGAGUAUUGAUUACUUAUCAUUCAGUUUUUGUUAUCAGAACUUACGAAUUUUCUGCCUCAAUAGGAUUUUUUUCCAUAAAAAGCGUUUUUUCCCUAUCUUUAAGAUAAUUUUCAUCCUUCUUAGAUUUUUUCUCACAGGAAAUCGGCCUUCUAUCAGCCAUUUUGCCGCUGUAAUCACCCCCUUUCAGCUUUCCCUUUCCCACUAGAAGUCUUGUUUUGUUCCUCAUGUUAGCCAACAAGUUCAUUCAUUUUGUACACAACGAGAAGAGGCGAAAUAAAAAAAAGUCGGUCAUGUGGACUAUUUUCUUUCUCUCUUCAUCUGACGUCGUCAUUUCCUGUUUCCAGGCCUCCCCAAAAAGUGGCGCUUUGUCAAAUUCGGCAUGAUUUUUUGACGAAUAGAUACUUUCAUGCUUCUAAAUGAUGUUUAUUGCGUUCAUUAUGUCGAUUUUAACAUUUUUUACCUGUUUUUCUUCAUUUUUUUUUUGUUUUUUUUGCCGUUUGUGGUCAGAUUAUAUGGGAGUUCGAGGUAAAUUUUCAUUGGAAUGACAUAUUCAAGAGAAAUCUGCUGAAAAUGUGCAAUAUAGAUUGAUUCGUUAUUACUUUUAAAGUUCUUUUAUCGAUUUUUUGAGUCAAACAAUUAUUUCGAAGAACGUCGUUUUUCCAUAAAUUUUCACAAAAAAAGAAAAAAGCCACGAAAAAGGACAGAUUAUACGCUCCAUGGAUAAAAUUCGGCGAAGAAACAUUUUUCCGUCUGCUACCUUCCAGUUUUUCUUGUUUUCUUGAUCCAGUGAAGUUUUUAUUGAGGUUAAGCUGAAAAUAUGUAUUUUCCUUCUAGUUUUGAAUAUUUUGAGUUUUCGGAGCAUUUUUUUGCCCUUCUUUGCACUAUAUAAAUCGAAAACGUUUUUGGGAUGCCUGGAACCUUCUUCAAUUUCUCACUAAUAUCAUUCACACAUUCAUUCAGUCUUCAGAGAGGAUUCUGAAGAGUUUUUCCUCGGGUCGCGAAACUGUUAAUUUUUCUAAAAAGUCUUCUCUUUCAACCCUUAUCAUCAGUCUGUAUGAUACAGACUUGAUAUGGCCUCAGCUCACGUAUCCUUAUGAAUCAACUAUGUUUGAGACGGCCACCGAUACGUGGCAACCGGUCGACCGCGUCCGCAGGGCUCCUGAAUGGAGCAGCGGCGCGAUGAGAACGACCUCACAUCAGACAGCUGCUCCCGCGACGUCGAGGGCAGCUCUUCCGACGGCGGCGGCGACGUCUUCGACUUCCACCUCCACCUCUUCGGCUGCCGUCUUCGAUGAGACGCCUUUCGAGGACGUCUUCGACGUCGGCCAGGAGCUUGGAAGGUUUUUUUUUUCAUUUUUUGAGUUCAUGAAUUUCUUCAUUUCUUUUUGCACUAGCUGAAGUAUAAUUUAACUUACUUUAUUGUCAAUUACUGUUGACAUGAUACUUUUUGAAAAUUAUAUCAUGAAAUAUUGAGCAUUUCCAGAUGUUUUUCAAAAAAAUACCUGAAAAAUUUUGCUCCGAAAAUGUUUCCUUCCAGUUAAGAAAGAAAUCACUAGAACGGCUUUGAACAGAUUCUGAUUGUAUUCAAAAAAAACGUUUCUUUAUUUUUAAAAAAAUUUUUUUAAAUUAUUCAUUUUUAAGGUUUUUCAGCGGUCAAUUCGCGGUGGUUCGUCGGGUGACAGAAAAAAAGCACGGGAGAACAAUUCGCAGCCAAAUUCAUCAAGAAAAGGCGAUACGCAACUUCGCGGAGAGGUGUCACCAGGCAGAAUAUUGAACGAGAAGUAAAAAUUAGUUUUUCGAGAAAAAUUGUGGCUUGUAAAACUACAUCUAGUGAAACAGGUCUCAUUCAGAAGUUGCCUAAAAACUCCUUGUUCAGGUGUAAAAUUCUCUUUUUUUCAAAACCUACUUUUUUGUGUUUUGAGAAUUUUCCCUAUUAACAAAAUCCUUGUAAAUAUGAAAAUAUAAAUCUCUUAGAGAAAUUGAAAAUUCUGAAAAUUUUGCGUACUAUAAACUGGAUAAGUCUAGUUUGCUUCUUAAAAAAUCCAAAAGAGGUCACUUGAAUGUAGCCGCUUCAAGAGAACCGGCUGAUAAAUUACAAUUAUUCGGGGAUCUACAGUGGAAGCAAUUAGGUGUAGCCUCUCUGCGCUCUCCACCAACAAGGAACUCUCUCUUUUCGUGUCAGGACCCUUUUUUCGAUGGCUCAAGCCAGCCGUGAAUCGUUUAGAAGCUUGACAAUCCUUCCAACUUUCAAGCAUGAUUUCAAGUAUUUCCAGGUACAAGUCCUGAAAACGAUCAAAGGUCACUCGAACGUCAUCAAUCUGCACGGCGUCUACGAGACGCCGAGCGACGUUAUUCUUGUCUUGGAAUUGUUUGUGGCGGAUCGAAAGGAUCGCUUCUAAAUAUUUAUAUUGGACAGAGUUUCGGGAGGCGAGCUGUUCGACCACGUGUGCGCCAAGGAAUGCCUGGACGAGGCCGAGGCGGCCGCCUUCAUCAAGCAAAUCCUUCUCGCCGUCCAGCAUCUCCAUUCCCUCCACAUCGUUCAUCUGGACAUUAAGGUCGGAAGAAGAAGUUUGAGGGACCAAUAAUGAAAAAGAUCGGAUCGAUGAACUUCCUGGUUUGAAAAUAUGUAGAAUAGUGACUGAGAAGUCCAGAAAAGGGCUGAAUGGGAUCCUUUUCUUGGUAUGCUCAGUUAUUUGGACCGGAUGAUGCAAUUUAUUUUUUUCAUUAAACAAAAUAAGGAUUUUCGAAAGUUGAAACAGUAUGAGAAGGGUUUGAGGAUAGCGUGAAAUGGAGCAUAGAGGCCACAAAACAGCCUCAAAAUGUUCCCCCGUAGAAGUUUAAGAAUCGAAUUCCUGACAAAGCCGGGAAAUAUUGAAGAUUUUUACUUCAAAAGUAGUACUAUACCAGAAAAAACAAUAUUUUUCAAUCAUAGUCUCAGGUGGAAUGGCUCGACGCAUAAAGGUUGCGCCUUGCUUUGAGCCAUUCCACGUGCGACCACGGGAGUCGGCAAGACAAUAUUUUUUUUUUAUUCAUCAAAUUUCUUGAUCGAUGGUUCUACUGUACUGACUCUAAAACUUGAAACUUGAGUGUGAACUCAACCAAGGUUUCGAAUGAAACACCGGAAUUUUUUUCUAAAUAACUUAUUUCAGCCGGAAAACGUGAUGCUGAAGAAGCGGGGCGACUCGCAGGUGAAGCUCAUCGACUUCGGCUUGUCCAGAAGGAUACCGCCGGGCGUCGUCGUCAAGGAUAUGGUUGGAACUCCGGAGUUCGUUGGUCAGUUUCUUUGAUGGCGAUUUCUGUAGGAAAAAAAGUAAAAGUUCAAUAAAUUAUUUGAAACCUUUAAGUGUAUUUUUCAAUUCAUUUCUCAUUCUGCUGUUUUUCUCUCAAAGGGUAAUGUAGCUGAGACAUCGCUUAAGUAGAAAAUUGAACUCAACUUCUUCGAAUUUCACUAAAGUACUCCCUUGGUGGAAGAGUAGUUGGAAAAGUUACUCAAACAGACACUUGAGUCUUUUUCUCUUAACUGGACACUUAGCUGUAAUCUGGAGGAAUAAUUCCUGAGAGAAGUCGUGUAAAUGAUUAAUAAUGGAACUCUUGAGUAGAUCCUGAGUUCAGUUUUUGAAAAAAUCAUUGAACUACCAGUCUCCCUAAUAAUUUCCAGUCGAAAACAGUUUAUAUGUCAUCAGAAAAUGCCUAUUUUUCAGCUCCUGAAGUCGUAAAUUACGAACCUCUCUCGCCGGCCACCGACAUGUGGGCUGUUGGAGUCGUCACCUACAUUUUGUAAUCCUUUCUCGUUUUUUCAGUUAAUCAACUUUCAAACUUGAGGUUAUCCGGCGGAAGUCCUUUCCUUGGCGACACGAGGGACGAGACGUUCUGCAACAUCACGCGGGUUAAAUACUACUUCUCUGAUAGGUCUUUCUGGGAAACGAAUUUUAAAAUGAAAUAGAUGUUUCCAGAUACUUCAAGAACACUUCCCAACACGCGCGGGACUUUAUUUCGCGCCUUUUCGUUCGAGAUGUCCAUGAAAGAGCGACUGUUGAGGAAUGCUUGAGGCAUCCUUGGAUUCGAGGGGUUCGUGUCGGAUCAAACUGUCUAAAAAAUCUCUUUGAAGAGAAAACUCCUAAAUUAAUCGGGACUACAUAUGCUUAAAAAUCAGAAGAUUCCACUGCAAAUUUCACUUUUUUGAAGAGAAAACUAGGACUUCGAUUAACGCAACGUUCUUUGAACGUUUAUAGUGUUUCAUUUAGCGGCGUCAGCACUCUUAAGUGGUUACUAGCAUGUCUGAGAAACGACAGGGGCACGUCCGGUUUGCAUUGCCAAGGUCCGAGAAAAUAAAAGUCCUCACAUCCAUUCCAUAUAGCGCAAACUUUUAAAAAAAACCUUGGUCUACUGUAAUCUCUGGGUUUUUUUUUCAGCCGGAAGGCAACGCGAUCGACAUUCGGAAGGCCUCAACCAUCACAAUUUCUCAUAUUCAAGCUUUCAAAACGAGGCAAAGAUGGAGGGUUCGUUUUUCAGGCUAUUGAAAUGAACAGAAGAGCAAGGAAUCUUCAGAAAAAAAAAAUCCUACGGGAAAUUUUGUUUUUCUGGAAAAAUCUCAAGUUUUGCAGCGGAUAGUGGACAUCGUGAUCGUCUGCAACCAGGCGACGAAGCGGUCGCGAGCCGCGUACGCGAUGCGCGACGCCCUGUCCGCGAAGAGUCGCUUCGAUCCGGAAGACCUGCUGACGAGCGCCGUCCUGUCGGCCAGCGAAGAGGGCAAUUUGAGGGCUUUGAAUCAACUUUCCGCCCUGCAUCGGCUGUAUCCAAACACGGCCGAUAAGGUGCCUUCAUUUGACAAUUUUAUAUUCUGUCAAUAUUUAUUUUCUGUUUUAAAAAGUAGGCGAUGAACAAGAAUUUUUAAGCAUUUACUAACAACCGCAUUUGGCGAACUAGAAGUCAAAACGUGUAGUUGAUCACGCUGAAAGCAUGGUCUUUCGCCUCGUUCUUCUGCGCGUGGUCAACCUAGUUGCGCCUUGAAAAGCUCAGUAUGUAGCGAAUGUUGUAGCUCGAGCCCGGAGACCGUGUUUAAGAAGGGUUGUAAUAUCUAACCUUCUUCUUCUUCCUACGCCUUUGUACCGCUUGAGCGGCGUCGGCGCCCCAAGUCGAUUAGCCGAGGUCCUAUCCUGAUAUCAGUGGACUGGCUCGAGUGACAUAUCCGUCCUUGUGUGGGACGGCUGGGGAUUUUGAAGUCGUGGUUUCCCACUACCAACAUUUCUUAAACCCCUUGGUUGGGUCGGGGCGGGGAUCGAACUUGUGACCCUGUGGACCGUAGACAGGCACACAACCUGUUGCGCUACGGCGCGCCCUGGUUGUAAUAUCUAACCAAUAUAGCUUUUUGUAGAAGAACGAAUCGGCGGUCCAUGUGGCGGCGGAGGCAGGACAGGCAGAAGUGGUCAACUACCUGCACAUGAAGGGAGCUCACCUGACGACGCGCAACUCCGAAGGUGACACUCCGCUUCACAAGGCCUGUCGUGGCGGUCAUUCGACGGUGGUCGCCUACCUGGUCAACGAGAGGGCGGAAGUCGAUUCCAUCAACAAGGUACUGCCCAACUAAACAUCUCCACGAGUCCGGGAGCAGAGUUCAACCAAACUUUUAGGAAAAAAAAACCGCGUAAAAAGGUGUUUUAAUGAGGGAGGUAGUGUUGACUAAAAUGAAAUAAAGCUUUAGACUCACAAGGAAGGUAAUUUUACUUUGCGGUUGGGAUUAUCUUGAAAAUCAGCCAGAACACUCCUUGAUAUACCAGUUUUUCAAAGCUCGUAAAAUUCAACUGAAAGGUUUUCCAGCGUAAAAUAUGAGAUUUAGUUACGGAAAUUGACAAAAAUGAUCAAACUUCAUAUGUUUCUAAAGUAUACUACAACUUUUGGAUACAACUUUUAGAUAAAUUAUCAAACGUUCCAAUUUUUCUCUGGUCUUGCUAUGUCAUUUUAGUGGGUAGCUUAGAAAAUCCCUAAAAAUUUUUCUCAAAUGUUUUCUGGUCUGAAAAAAAGAUUCAUGUCGCCUCGAGCAAAUUUUUAGUUUUUGAAAUUUAUAACAAAAUCGAAGCCACUGAUUUUCAUAGAUUUUUUUAAAGCCGAGAUUAGAAUAUUUGAGAAAAUUUUCAGUAAAUUCCAAACUUCACACUGAAAUUGCCUCACUUUUUAGACCGAAUAGCAUUGGGAACAAUACUUCAAAUUCCCACUUUUUUUUUCGAUUUCUAAUUGUUUUGUUUCUUUGUCCCAUCUUUUAAAGUUGAUGUUUUUGUUUUGGGUCGAAAACUGAUUUAUGGCUUUUUUUUCGUUUCUGCUUUUUUCCAAUAAGAAGAAGCUAUAAUGAAAAAAUUUAGGGGUUGAGAAAGGCUGAAUUUGAGAUUAUCUUUUGAGAUAAGUUGUUUUGAUGAAUGAAUCUGAGAAAGAUCUUACCACUAAUUCGUAUCAAAGAUUUGGAAAUCCAAGCAAUAUUCUCCGUUUUUUUUUUUUUGCUGGUUUAAGCUAUUUUUUUGAAAAAAAUCGAAAGAUCACAUUUUCAUGAAAAAUUUUAUUUUUACGCGGCACUUUUAAAUACCCAAAAAGUCCAUAAAAGCACCGGGAUUUCGAUUUUUCAAUCAAAAUCUUUCAGAAUGGCGAGACCCCGAUGCAUUGUGCUCUUGAAAGCGACGUCGCCAACAUUGUCCGAAUGCUGGUCCCCCUGAACCCGCGACUGGACCUCAAAAACGCGGUCAGUUUCGAUUUAAACUAGGAAAGUGGCUGGAAGAUAACAUCAUGAAAAUGCUUGUUAAUAUAAAAUCUUUUUUUUUUGAAUCCAUGACUUAUGUUCAAGUUCGCUCCCAAACCUUUCGUUAAGAAUAAAGAAGUAUGAUCCAUAUUUCCCUUCAUAUAAUCUUUCGUCAGUAUGGUUCUUGUAACAAGAAAUGAAAGAUUUUUAUUGAUCUAUUGACUUGUGACGUCACCCAUUCUCCAAAACCCUGCUGAUUUUACAGAACGGCGACACGGCGAUGCACUGUGCGGCUCGGAGCUCCAAUCCACAGCUCAUCACCUUGCUGACGUCACUCAAGGCUCCACUCGACGUCAUCAAUCUGGUUGGUCUCUUUUCGAAUCAUCGAAUUAGCGCGUCUUUUUGAGAAGCCUGCAGAUUUUUGGAAGAUAAGGAAAUUCAGAGAAGAUAUUUGUAAUAGGCGAGCUUUUGAAAGACCAGAAAGAUUUUUAGAGAAUAUAGAAAGAUUUUUGAUCACUUUUUUUGAUAGAAGGUCAUUUUUCGAUUGGUAGUGGUUAGGUCAGGCCCCAAGGAUGUCCGAGUUGAUUGGACUUUUUUUUUUUUAGCUAUCAUGACUUCAAGACCUUGAAAACUCUUAUAAAAGGGUUGCUUGAGAACCAAAAACUUUUUUCGAAUAAUAGUUAUUGAACCAAAUGAAAAAAUGGAAGGCAGAGAUCAACGGCGGUUAGAAGAGACGGCAGAGAAGAAGAGAGAAAAUGUUCGACUGAAAUUUCUCGGGAAUACAAAUGAUCUCUCGCUUUUGAUUUUUCAGAAAUACAAAAAAAACUAUGGAGCUUUGAAAGUCAGAGAACACUGGAGAGAAGAGACGCCAGAGAAAUAAAUGUUUCUACUUCUCUGGUGCCUCUACAGACCUUUAGUGAUCUUUCGUUCCUUUUUUGAGAAGAUCAUUAGGCUUGAAGACAAGAAAGUUUUGGAGCAGAGGAAAAUGUUUCUUACUUUUCUGGCGUCUCCUCAAACUACUGUUGAUCUCUCGCUCACCCUUGAUUUUUGCAAAUCUUGCUCAAGUUUCUAGAAAAUCUAGAUUUUUUUAUAUCGAAAAACGAUCUUUCAACUUCUCUACCUUCCCUCCGUCGAUGGUAAUAUUUCAAUUCAAAGAGAAGAGAGGGAACGUGGUAAUAUAUCCGAAUAUAAAUGUGAGCAAACGCACUAAUUUUCACCGCCCAACAGCUAUGGACCUGACAAAUGGCCACAAAUCCCUCGAGGGAAAGUGGCUGGACGGAAAAAAAGUGCGUGGCGACAACAAUGGACCAAACCGAUACGAAUCAACCAACCAACACAAGGAAUGGAAUGGAGGAAGGAAGCCUCCUUCGCCCUUCAACCACUCGUCUUUUUCCGAGAUCUUUUGCCGUUUUCCUCCCACUUCAGAUGACCAAUUGUCCGUUAGGAUUCCGAGCCAUUCAACAUUCGACUGCUUGUUUUUGGCAUUUUUCGACGAAUUUCGAAUCUUUCUCUUGGCUUUGUUUCCUGAUAGAAGUUCGAUUUUGAACAAGUUUUAUUUUUAUCUUCAACUCGACUCGAAGUUUUUUUUUCUCGAUUUUGACUUUCAUAUGGGAAUUUUGAGAGGGGAAGCCAUUUUGCUCAGCGAGAAAACGUACAUAUAUUUUGGUAUAUUUUGGAUUUUUUUUCGAAUUACAGCAUAGAUUCACAGAAUUAACCACCUUUUUCAAGUUUUUAUGAACAAAAAAAACUUCAACUUGUUUUUUUGAACUUAAUUUUUUUAAAUUUCUCAUUUUUCAAAAGUUUAUUUUUCUCGUUUUGAAUUAUUUACUUGAAUUUAGAGAAAAAAAAUUUAUUAAAAUUUAUUAAAAAGGAAAAAAAGGCAUAUUUACUGGCUUUUGUAAGAAAGUUUUCUAAAUUUUAUAAUUGAACUUUUUUUCAAACUUUUUAUUUUUUUCAGGCUUGAGUUUGAUUAACUUUUCAAUCGAUUUCUUCCUCCUUAUUUAUGGUGAACUGGAUUUUUUUUUAGGUAGAAGCCUUUUUCGGAAGUGCACUUUAGCUAUCUUGUUUCCAUCAUAAGCCCUUAGUCAUAAAUGUCGGUUUUUUUUCAGGCGGAAACCUCUCAAGAGGAAUUUUUAUCUGUCUUUUCUCACUGUGUUUCUUAUUCUCCACGACUUGAGACAGUCUGAUCUGUCUGCGCCUUCUUUUCUCUUAUCUAAAGACUCGAAAAUGAGACGAGAACAAGAUAGAGCAGAGAAGUCAUGAAAAAAAGGAAAGUCAAAUUUUUGAAUAAAAUCUUCAUCAGCUGAGCGCACUUUCCCGCUCAUGAGAAUGACUUUUUUAUUUUUCCGAAGUUCUCAUUUCGAAUUGUUCCUGAAGUUCACUAGAAGGACCACUACAACUUUAUCCAAACCCAUCGAACUAGACUAAUGAAAUUGUAGAAGAAAACGAGUCGUGUGAAAACUGAAAAUUACCUGAUUCGGAGGGGAAUUUUUCUGCGACCUCCGACCUCAACCCAGUCUCUUCUCGUCCCUCUGACAUGAGGAUAUCCAACCACCUGGUCGUUCCUCUGACCACGCCCACUUUUGCCUCUCUUUCCCUUUUCAUACCUGGUGGCAGCCGUCGCCAGGUGUCUCCCUGCGUGUGUGUAUGUAGUUAAUAAUCGAUUCUUGCCCAGGUCUCUUUGCUCCGCCCAUCGUUUUUUUUUUUCUUUUUUUUUCAUGGUGUGGAAAGUGUUGGAAUGCGACUCGUUUCACUGCAUUUAUUAUUUUAUUGCUGGGAAUUUUGGGCUUUUCCUCUUUUUUUUUUGUACAUUCCUGCAGGUAUCCAAGUCACUGGAUUGUUUAAGAGAUCACUCGAUUUUUAAAUUUUGAUUGUCUUUUCUCAUUUUACAGUACCUCUAGAGUCGCUCAAGAGAUCACUUGAACGUUUUUGAGAAUAUAUGAACUUUUUUAAUUUGAAGGAAUCAUGUGCAGCCCCGAUUCCUCAGAAUUUUUUUUUUCUAAUUUUCAUUACAAUCGAUCUGGUUAUUGAAAGCGAUUAUGUAUUUUUUUCUGAAGCGACCCUAAAGGGACCACUGAACAUAAUUUCUGCUGAGAAAACCCUUCUUCUUUUUUUCUGAGUUUCGCAACAAUUUUCGAUUUUCCGACCAUCAUUCAUUAUUUUCGUUUUUAAGAUUCCCAGUUCGAUAAUUCGUUUUUGAGAGACAAACUGAGAAUUUUGAGGAGACAGAAAGUGAAAUCCCCAGUAAGAAUGGAUGAAGAAAGCGCUGAUUCUCUAUUUCGCGGCUAUUUUAUUAUUUUUCAAAAACAUCCUUUAAAGGGAUUUUUUUCACGGAGUUCGUCUCUUUUCGUUCUUCUUGUGGACUUUGUUUCAAAAUUGCUCUCCUACUUUUCUUGACACUCGUCUCAAAUUUCUUCAGCACUUCCGUAGAACUUCAUUUCAGCUCAGCCCUCAGAAUUUACCGGCAAAUGAGCAGCGUUCGGGGGGAGUCGUCGUCGUCCUCCUCGUCGACGGCAGGCACGUCUUCUGACAUCGAGGAGACGACGAGCGACGAAGAAGGCACGACGCCGUACGCCAUCCCCGGCUCCGUCAUGGCCACGUAUUUGGCUGACCCUGUCGCCAAUCCCGCCGCCAAGGCUUUCGUCGAGAGUCCCAGGCCUAGAGCCGCCGAUUUCGUCUAUCCCGGCCACGACAAGUACUCCAAGCUAGGAUCAGUACCGUAUUCCUCCACUUCCGCCUUUAUUCAACUCGUUCAUGAUAUUUCCAACUUUUCGGAGUGCGACUGCUUCUCGGUAGAGAUUUUUGGACUUUUUUUAUUUUUUUGGUUCUGUAACUUGGAUAAAAGAGAGUCUUGAGCAUUUAAAAUUUUUCUGUAUUCUUUUAAUUGUUUCAAAAAGUUUAAACACAAAUUGAAUUCCUCAAAAUUUCAGAGGCUGGCUUGUUUUGAACGUGUUUCCUGUGAAUUCUCAUAAUGUUACGGAAAAUGUUCCUUUAGAAUAGCUAAUUUCCCUCAAGUGACUUCUCAGUUUCAUCUCUAAUUUUUGCCGAAGUUAUUUGGAGGCCGACGUGAAGGAUUUCGAGAAUGUACUUUAAGACUUUGAGUAGAUUGUGAAAAUAAAAAGCAGUUUUGAAAUCCAUAACGCUGCGUUUUUUGUAAUGUUAAGCUUUCAAGAGAAGUUUGAAGGGGUUUUGUAAAUUUAAAAUCACUUAUGGGUUUUUUUUUUCACCUUUCUUGUCAUUUCAGAGAGAAGAAACGGCGCUGCACAUCGCCUGCUCUCGGGGACACGCCGACUGUGUUCACGCUCUUCUGGAGUCCGAUGUUCCAAUUGACGCCACUGAUGAGGUGAAAAUUAAUUUCUUCAUUGUUUGUUCAGAUCUUGAAUGUCAAGUAUAAUGACGUCAUUUGAAAACACUCUGUUGACGGCUCGCUCUGAUUGGUUUAUCGCUCCAUUAGGGGCGGAGCUUGAACGCCGACCUGACAAUCAGAAUCUGAACAGACUAUAUUUAUUUAAGAUGAAGCCUCUUUUCUAAUAUUAAUUUUCAUGAAAGUUCGGGUCUACUUCCUUUUUGGUCUUUAUUAGUAGUCUUUUUCUGAAUUUCAUUUCUUUUUCUUGUCACAAGAACCCUCAAAGUUUCUCAAACUAUUUUUCCUGGUUUCAGAACAGAAGAACGGCUCUUCACGUGGCUUUGGAACAUUCCCAUGUCGACAUCGCCGUGAUGCUCAUCACCAAGGGCUGCCGGAUCAACGAAGCCGACAAUGUACUUUUUUUUUCUCGAAAGUAGUUCUUAAAAUAGUUUCAAACAGCUUGCGUCAUAUUUUGUUGCAGAAUUUCAGUUCUCAUAAAAAGAUUAAUAGGAGAAACAUUUAAUAUAAGAAAAAUCAUACAGUUUUUUCAAUUUUUGAAUGUCAAGCCGUCGCUCAAGCUCCGCCCCUAAUGGCGCGUUAAACCAAUCAGAGAGCGAACCAUUCACAGAGCGUUUUCGAAUGACAUCAUUUGACUUGACAUCCAAAAUCGGAACAGACUAUAUAGUUCGUUCCGGGCGGGACGGUCACGUAUUAAAAGAAUAGCAGAAAACUACUGUAAAUACAGCUUUUCUUACACUUUUGCUCUACAAAAACGCAAAAAAACACAAAAAAUAAAGGUCUUGAAGCGAAGUGCGGCCAAAUUUGAGCUAAAUUUGUACACGGUUUUUUUUUUGGCACAAAUAAUGAGACAAGCUGGCGUGGAACAGACUAUAUAGUAUUCACGUUUAUAAAAAGUUUAACGAAACGUAUCUUAAAUUAGUACGUUCCGCGAAGGUCAAUACAUUUUCCAUCCCAAUUUGCUUCCCGUUUUUCUCGCCCCUUUUUAAUUUCAAUCCGACAGCUUCGACUCAAUUAUUCAUAGCUUUUUGGUUGGAACGGAGGCUAUUUGGGUUCCAUGAAAAUUUCGAUUUCGAGAGCUGAAUUUUAAAUUCCUUUGAAAGUUUGAUUGGCGAAGAGUGGUUUUUUUGAAAUAGUUCACCAAAAUUGAUACUGCGCUCAACUUAUGAAUCUACGUCGGAAGUUUUUUGGUUGAUAUUUCAUUUCUUGAAGUAGUUUUAUGUCUUCAAAAAGGUCGCCGUCGAUUUUUUGAACAAAGUUCCUAAUGUAUUUUUUUUGAGACGCAAACAUCGGGCUUGAUCUAAACGAGCUUUGAAAACGGCUCAAGACCUUUACGAAGUUCGUCUGAGAUCCUUUGAUAAUCCUUUUAGCUUAUGCGAAGCGUUUAUAUUUUAUCGAAAGUUCAAAAGAGCACUUUGAAAAUGUUAAAACUGAAGUUUAUGCAUCAUUUUUCCACUUGAUACGGGAAACUUAACUUUUCUGCCACUAUCAAACGACUGAAACCAGGAAAAAACUCUCGACAAACACUUGAAAAUGUAAUAAACAAGGGCUUUUGUGUGGGAAAAGCCCUGGGAAAAAGCAAAUAUUGAUCCGUGUUUUACAGAAUGGGAACACGCCGCUCCAUGUGGCUGCUCGAUGUGGACUUUUGCCGGCCGUUCAGACUUUGUGUCAUUGUUCGGCGAAUGUUGACAGCGUUAACAAGGUGAUAACUUGAAUGUAUUAAAAUAAAUAUGCAACGAAAAUAAAGAAGAAAAAAGCAAUAAAUUAUUAAAAGAUUCCGGGCUGCAUUUUUCCUUCCUAAAAUCCGUUUACAAAUUAAUGAUAGGAUGUUUGGAAGUUUGUAUACGUAGGAUUAGAUCUCUAACGGUUUGAGUAAGUCUAUUUAUGGCCUAACCUAGUUUUAAACCUGAUUUUUACUCAUGAAUUUCUUUUUUUUUCUCAUUGUUCGAUUUUUGUUAAUAUUUUUUCCAGGCAACUCUGACACCACUCCAUGUCGCGGCUCGAGAAGGUUUCUUGGAAAUCGUUCGAGUUUUUUGUUUGGCCAGAGCCGAUGUCCUGAAAAAGACCAAGGAAGGCAUGACAGCGGAGUUGAUCGCCGUGGCCCAGGAACACUCGGCAGUCGCCGCGUUUUUGGUCAAAAUGAAAGAUGUCAGUAAUUUGAUAUGCGGGUUAUCGCUGAGGGGUUUUAAGGAGCGUAGAAAAUAUUCUUGAAGGUGGAGAGGCUAAAAGCCGUGUCUAUCAUUAUUCAGGAUCUUGUAAGACUUGUGAGCCUUUAAAAACCUAGCGAGGAUUUUCUGAGGAAACGAUGAUCAAAUGGAACUACGUAAUGAAGUCCUUUACAGAACGAAUCUCGUGAAACUUUCAUCCAACAACUGUACCCACUGGACGUCCCGUUGAAGCGCAUCAAGCUGAAGCUGUUCGGCCACUCGAUGAGCGGGAAAACGCGGCUCGUCCAGGCGUUGCACUCGACUCGCGGCAUUUCUUCCUUUAUCGAAUCCGUCUCCCGGAGAAUUUCCGACCAUUACAGUCCCAGCAACAGCAUGACCAAAGGUAGGACUCGAAAAUGAAAAAAAAAGCCGAGUUGAUUCAAUCGUUUCUCCAGAUGAUGGAGUUCAUUCGGAGCAAGGCUCCUUCGCGUCAGAAUCCAACAACAACUCUUUCGAAGCCUUCCAGUCUUUAAGACAUAAACCACCGCAUUCUUCCUACACCAGGGGAAUCGAUGUCCAAACCAUCAAUUGCACAGGUUUUCGACUAGUCCCAACUGAAUCCAUUUCUAUCAUAUCCUCAGGAGUCGGCGAGUUUUCGGUCUGGGAGUUUGGCGGCUACGACGUUUAUCACACGUGCUACGACCAUUUCGUGGGAAAUACCGAUUGCAUCCAUCUCGUCCUUUUCCGCGCUUGUGACCCCACCGAGGUUCAAUACAAACAGAUCUUGUACUGGAUGAACUUCCUCAAGGGCCGCGUCACGCCGACGGAGCCUAUCGGUUAGGCUUGAACCUUCUUCCAGAGAAUUUAAGUAAAAAGGUUCAGGUCAUUGCGGAAUCAUUUCACGAAGAUCCAAAGUCAUCAUCGUUGGAACCCACGCGACCCCACAAAUGUUCUCUCAGCGAAAUUCUGACGGCGAGUACGUUUCCUCGGACACGGAGGCCAUGCUCAAGACGGUCCGUCUUCGCUUCGAGACCCAUUUCGACAUGGACCAGCGACUGAUUCUUCUGGAUGCCACCAAUCCAUCGUGCAUCGGGAUGAAGUCGUUGAAGCAGGAGCUCAUCAAGACUAGAGCCACUAUUUUGACGGUUCGUUGGAUUCUGAAGCGUUUUGCUACGAGUUUGUAUUUUCCAGAAGCUUCUGAAGCCCCUCGGAGUCCUGGACAUGGUGAUGACGCAUCUGAACGUCGUCAGGAAGCAGCACGCCAAUUUCCCCGUCAUCACAUGGCCGCACUUCACCUCGAUCAUCCGAAACGAGAUCAAUCCCUUGACUGGAGACACCCAUUGCCGGCAGAUUAUUCAACAACUUCAGCUGGUUGGAGAGGUGAAUCGGGGGAUUUUUCAUUGAAUACUUGAAUUGAUUUAUUUUGUGGGAGAUCACAGUGGAAUUGAUACUCUGAAAUUUUGAUAAAUUUAUCACUGAAGUGAAAAAUUAAAGCAUUUUUAUAUUUUCCGGAUUUUCAGGUGGUCUAUCUGCGAAACGAGCAAACAGAACUGGACUACGUCGUUCUGAACGCUGAAUGGCUCGGAACUCACGUCAUCGGACAGCUUCUUAGUCCGGAAUUCCUGUCCAGGGCCAGGUAUCUUUAAAAACACCAAGGGCUCGUAGUUCUACAGAUCAGUUAUAUUUCUGUAAAAGAUACUCGAUUCGAAAAAGCUUGUAGAGCUUAACAAUUCACCAAAUUCUUACAUAGGGAGGCUGUUUUCCGGUGCUAUUUGAAGCAAAGUUUGACUCGUGUACCUUAUAAAAAAUAAAAUUGUCUCGAGUUGGUUUUUGGGGAAGGUUUUUUUGAACUGUUAUUGUAUUUUUUUCAAUUCAUCAUCGAUAAUAAUAAUAAUAAUAAUAAUAAUGUAUUCACUGCCAUAAAAAAACAUUAGGUAGUAUAGAAAAAAAUUAUAAGUAAUCAACAUAUGACGGGCAGAAGAAUAACAAUACGCGGGAAGGAGUCAACCCCAACGAGUUGACAGGUACCCGGAAGUAAGAAGAAAUUUUUUUACAGUAGGCGAGAAGGGAUAUUUUUCAUAAAAAAAGCUUGAUUCGGAAGAUUAUUCAAUUUGUUCCGAAGGGUUUCUGGGGUGACGUUAAAAUCUAAAUAUGAAGUUAAUUUGUUCCAAAGAGGAAUAGUCCUAGAAAAAGUAGUCUUUAGAAAAACUGACCAGCUGUCCGUAGUCGAAGUGGAUUUCUCUGUAACAGGGAUUGAGUGAAAUACUUAUUGCGAUCGAGACAAUGAUCAGAGCCACAGACAAUUUUAUGUAGGGUGAUUAUAUCACAAAUUUUACGGCGAAUGAACAAAGGUUUGAUAUCAAACUGAUUGAGGCGAUCGGAAUAAGAAGAGAAGCUGACAUUACAGCGAAUGAAAACUUUCCGACUGAAGAGACGGAGAGAUGAUUCGAGUUUGUAGGAUAAAUAAAAUUUUUCUUUCCAUGCUUUCAUAACCAGGUUCAUUUACUUGGAGUAAAAUUAACUUUAAAAUAUUCAAGUAUAAGUGUUCUUAACUUCAGAGCCAACGGGAUCUACAGCGUCGCGAACCUGGCGCCAGUCUUCCCGGAAAUUCCUGAGCCGGCCGACCUGAUGCACAUCCUGGACACGCUGCAACUGUGUGCCCCCGUCGACUCGAACGUCAACGAGACUUUUGAAUAUCCGCCAUUCAUUCACCUCGACGCGCCUGCCGACGUCUGGCUCAAAGACAAGCCGACCUACGUCUACGGAGGUGUCAGGAUCAUGCCGAUGAGAGGCAUGGAGAAGUCCCUCCAGAGCACUUUCCCAAGGAUUCAAGUCGCCUUGAGGAGGAGCAUGAACGAGUUCCAGGUCUUUGAAAAAGUCGAAUUUAUUGUAAAUUUUGCAAGUUGUAGGAUCCCAUGGACGCUGAACUGAUGCAAUGGUUCGAGAGCAGCAAGAUGUCGUCGGGCAGAAAGGAGGCGCUGAUCAAACUUGUCGGCGACGCUGUUGAGGUCCGAACCCAACCAGAAAACAACCGCUGAACCUGCGCUCCAUGGAUAAUUUUGAAAAAAAUGACAAUUUUUGUGGUUUUUUUUUUCUGAAAGCUCAUUCACUACAAUAUUAUAAGAUUUAAAAAAAGUAUAAAAUAUCAAGUAAAUUCAGUCAUAAAGUUGUGGACGAUUUUUGAUUUAUUUUUUGUUUGCUCCUUUUUUAAAACCAAGAUCUAUCAAAGAAGUAAUUUGUCACGAUUGGAAUAUUAUUUUCCAACUAAAACUGUUCAAAAUCAAUAUUUCUUCACAUUCCAGAUCAAAGUGAGAGGUCCCAGUGACCGAGCGACGUCGUGUUUCUACUUCAUGGAGGACCUGAUCAACCUCGUCGAGCAGACGGCUUGUGAAGUGGCUCCAGGCAUCGCGCUGGAGCGACAUUUCCUCAGCCCGAAACAGCUCAGGGCAAGAAAAUAAGGCUUCCGUCUCGUCAAUCUCAUGAUUUCCUUGUAGGAUCACGUCGAGACGCCGGCUCAGUUCCUGCCGGAAGCCAUGAUGGAGAUGCAACAGAAAGAGUCGCUUUCUGUGAAAGGCACCCAGGAGCAAGAAGAGCUUUUCACUGGUCAGAAAACUGUCCGAGGAAUCUUAGACAUACGAAAUAAGUUUCAGAUGUUGUAUGUUUUGGAUCACGGGACGUGGCACGUCUUCUAACGCUUGGAAUCGACGUCAGCGUCGCCGAACUUCAGAUGACGUCACGGUGCGAACUGGCAUGUCUGUUAGAUCCGCCAGACGCGAUGGGACGUGAUUGGUCGAUUCUGGCGGUGAAGUUGCAGCUCACCGAUCAAGUUCCUGAUGUGAGUGAUGAGAUAGGACGAACGAAGUUGUAGCAAAAGUAGAAAAUUCUAAAAUUUUUUUACCGAAAAAAAGUUGCUUGAGAGACAGGCGUUUUUUCGGUGAAUAUAAUUUUUUUUCUGUAGUAAGCCUUUCUCAUAAUACAUUGAAAGAAGCUUGAGAUUCAAAGAAGGGAAAAAUUAAAUAAUGACUCUUCUUGAAAACAGGAAAAUCUUUUCGCUCCAAGACUACUGCGUACAAAAUUUACUAUACGUCUUUAAAGGCUUUUAAGAUCGAAAUUUUGAAGUGUGCUUAUUCUACGCUCUCAGGUCGACUCCACAGGUCAGUCUCUAUCCAGAACAGACCAGCUGCUCAACGAAUGGGCCAUCCACCAUCCGGACCAGGCGACUGUCGGCAACUUGUGCCGGAUUCUCGUCGAAUUAGGCCGAACCGACGCUCGAGACGCCCUCUACCGCACUGUGCCUUUGUACCUUUUCGCUCCGCUCGACGAUCAACUGAUGAUGGACGGAAACGAUUCUGGUGUCGUUUCGUCGUGCCAUUCAUCGGCUGAGCGUGGAAUCUUGCACAAUAUUUAG